GAGAUCAUCUGUUGCGAGAUGGCGAUCGUAUGGAGUGUUGUCCGUAAAAAAUAACAACAUAUCUACUAACGUGUUCAAAACCGAAUAAAUUCAUAAAAUUAUCGUGAUGUCCAAUGUCCUGUAUAUCUUAUUUGUGUAUCCGUAGGUUUAGAAUUUCGUUGUGCAUUUUUUUGUUAAUGUGUUGUGUUGUCUAGUGCUGGUACCAGGUUUUGGCCCCAUUUUAAAAUGACCCCGUUUAUGUGUGUUUUGUUUCUUUGCUCAGCUUUUGCCAAGAAUGCUUUUGGUGCCGAACUGGUCAUCCAUAUUCCAGGCAGCUUGGGCCAAGAAGGGGUGGUCUACCGUUUGGACUAUUAUCCCCCUUUCGGUUAUCCUGCCCCAAAUACGACUAUCGCAUCCAAAGAUAUACGUGACGUGAUUAAGUUCUCUCAGGCAUUACCAGGAACAAAAUAUGACUUCUGGUUGUAUUAUUCGAACGCCACGCAUAAUACUUUAACGUGGACGGCCAACUUUACAACAGUUCCAGAUCCCCCAUCAGGUCUAUCAGUUUACGUGAAGAGCGGGAAACAGGCCAUCGUCACUUGGUCACCGCCAUCUCAAGGCAGCUAUACAAGCUUUAAGCUCAAGAUUAAUCCACUCGUCCAUAUUCCUGAUGGAAAAGCUAUUACUGUGGAAAACAUCGAUAGCACACAAUACACCUUAAAGGAUCUCAUUCCGGGAGCAACCUAUCAAGUUCAAGCUUUUACGGUUUUUGAAAAUAAAGAAAGUGCAGCUUAUACGUCUAGGAAUUUUACCACUAAACCAAACACACCGGGCAAGUUUAUCGUCUGGUUUAGAAAUGAAACCACCCUUUUGGUUCUUUGGCAACCACCUUAUCCAGCAGCCAUCUACACUCACUACAAAGUCUCUAUUGAUCCACCGGACGCUAACGAUUCAAUUCUAUAUGUGGAAAAGGAGGGAGAGCCCCCUGGUCCUGCGCAAGCGGCAUUUAAGGGUCUUGUACCAGGUCGUGCCUAUAAUAUUUCGGUUCAGACGAUGUCAGAGGAUGAAAUAUCAGCACCAACGACAGCCCAGUACAGAACGGUUCCGCUUAAACCCGGAAAAAUCACGUUCGAAAAGGACAAAAUCACCACAAAUUCAUUUGUUGUGCAUUGGGAACCACCUGUUGGUAAAAGCGAAUUCGACAAAUAUCAGAUUUCUCUCGGCACAUUACGUAAACCACCACCAGUACCACGUCCAAAAGACGAGCCUACAGAUUGGGAAUUUAAAGAUAAUUUAGAACCAGGGAAAACAUAUGCGGUGGUAGUCAAAACCGUUUCUGGAAAAGUUACGUCAUGGCCUGUUCAAGCAGAAGUUACUCUAGAACCUUUGCCUGUAAGCCAUCUACACUCGAUCUUUGAUGACAAAAUGGGAAUGAUAACAAUUUCUUGGAAGCCACAUCCAGAUAGUACACAAGAUAGCUUUUUAGUAUCUUAUCAUGAAGUAGAAAGCACCACAGGAGACAGUAAUACAGUUAAAACUAACCAAACUAAAAUUGAGCUGGAAACUCUUUUGCCUGGUAGAAAUUAUACUAUAACUGUACAAGCUGUGUCCAAAGAUAUGUUAUCGAAGGAGGAAUCGAUGUAUGUGGUUACAAAACCUAGUGCACCUAUUAUUGAGGAUCUAAAACCAAUGGUGGAUGGCCUAAAUAUAAGCUGGAAAUCAGACGUCAAUUCAAAACAAGACAAAUAUGAAAUUAUGUGGAUUAGAAACGACACAAACGAAAAAGAGACGGCUUACACAUUCGACUCAAAAAUAAUUCUUAGUAAUUUAUAUCCGGGCGCGGGGUAUCUGGUAAAAAUUUACGCCAUAUCACACGGAUUAAAGAGUGAACCUCACGAAUACUUUCAACCAGUAUUUCCUAAGCCUCCAAGAAAUAUGACAAUAGAAAAAACAACAACAAACUCAGUUAUAGUUCAAUGGCAAGCACCAGUAGAAUCACUGAUUUCGGAAUAUUCUAUAAGAUAUAAGACUGGCUCUGAUAACCAAUGGGUUCGUCUGCCUGCUGUACAAAAUACUGAAGCUGAAGUUACAGACAUGACCCCUGGCGAAAGAUAUACGAUACAAGUUAAUACAGUUAGUUAUGGUUUGGAGAGCAACGAACCUCAGCAAUUAAAUCAAACUGUUAGACCAAAUCCAGUAUCCAAUAUUGCACCUUUAGUCGAUUCUAAUAAUAUUACAUUGGAAUGGCCACGACCAGAAGGAAGAGUAGAACUCUACGUUGUAAAAUGGUGGGAAGCAACCAAACCAUCACAAGAAAAUAAGAACACGGUCAGCCAAAAUCAGAAUGGCACAGGACCGGUUCGACUUUUAGUGGGGGAUCUUAUGCCUGGUGAAGAAUACAUAUUUGACAUCAGAGCUAUUUCAAAUGAUUUAGAGAGCGAUAAUACCACUUUAAGAGUGAGAACAAUGCCACUAAUUCAGUCAGAAGUAGUGGUAGUCAAUAAUCCCGAUACCACCGACUCAAUUGGUCUACGAUACACCCCAACCCCUCAGGCUUCUUCCAAGUUUGACUUAUACAGAUUUUCUCUGUCUGAGCCGAAUAUACCAGAUCAAGAAAAGGCUGCCAAUGACUCGGACAGAUUGGUGACAUUUUCUAACCUGGUACCUGGAAGGUUGUACAACAUAACUGUUUGGACCGUUUCACAAGGAAUAGCCAGUCAACCGUUACAAAGGCAGGACAGGUUAUAUCCAGAACCAAUAACAGGCAUCAACGCUAGUCAUAUAACCGAUACCCAAAUUACUCUCAGUUGGGCCUUUCCAAGGGGCGAGUACAAUGCUUUUGAAGUUCAAUAUCUUAACUCCGAAGAUGGUUUUGUGCAAAAUUUGACAUUACACAAUACCAUAGCCAUUACGGACCUAAAACCUCAUAGGAACUAUACAUUUACAGUUGUCGUAAGAAGUGGGACAGAAUCUAGUAUUCUAAGAAGGUCUUUACCACUAUCCAAAAGUUUCCAAACGAAAGAGUCCGUACCAGGAAAAGUGGAGAAGUUUGAACCGAUUGAUAUUCAACCGAGCGAAAUUGUUUUUGAAUGGUCUUUGCCUCAAUCGGAACAGAAUGGGGUUAUUAGGAAAUUUACUAUUACCUAUGGGCUGGAGGGAUCUCCGCAUAUGUUAUUUAAAGAUUUUGCCUCAUAUGAAUUUAAAGGAACAUUGAAACAGCUUCUGCCGGGUAAAACCUAUGUAUUCAAAAUCCAAGCAGAGACCAAGGUUGGUUUUGGCCCAGCCACUGUUUGGAAACAACGUAUGCCCAUAAUGCCGCCCCCUAAACCUAAUGUUCAAGUAGUACCUACUGAGGUUUGCAAGAGUUCUACUACCAUUCAAAUCAGAUUUAGGAAAAACUAUUUUAGCGAAGCCAAUGGACCUAUCGUGUCCUACGCAAUCAUAGUAGCUGAAGAUGACUCAAAGAAUGCGUCAGGAUUGGAAAUGCCUAGUUGGCGAGAUGUUCAAGCGUAUUCAAUUUGGCCACCGUAUCAGGUUAUGGAGCCUUAUUAUCCGUUUUUCAAUAGUUCUAUUGAAGAUUUCACUAUCGGUGCAGACACUUGUGAUAUAAGGCAAGUUGGUUACUGUAAUGGACCGCUAAAAUCAGGAUCGAUCUAUAGGGUGAAAAUAAGAGCUUUUACCGCCCCGGAUAAGUUUACAGAUACAAGCUACAGUUUUCCCAUACAAACGGAUCAAGACAAUACUCCUAUCAUCUUAGGAGUGGUAAUUCCAAUAGUCCUUAUUUGUUUGUUGUUCGUCACAAUAAUCGUAAUAAGAAGACGACGCUCUGCCGGCCGUAAAGGCAUGGUGGAGUCCAGAAAUAAUGACAGCACUUCAUUAAACGAUUCUGUUAUUGAGACUAGCCGACCCGUCAGAAUUGAAAACUUCGCCAAUCAUUAUAGGAUAAUGUCUGCAGAUUCUGAUUUUAGGUUUAGCGAAGAAUUCGAAGAACUAAAACAUAUCGGAAGGGACCAACCAUGCACCGCAGCGGACUUGCCGUGCAAUAGACCGAAGAACAGAUUUACAAAUAUUUUACCUUAUGACCAUUCCCGGUUUAAGUUGCAACCUGUGGACGAUGAAGAAGGCUCGGAUUAUAUUAAUGCGAACUAUGUGCCGGGACACAACUCUCCAAGAGAAUUUCUAGUAACGCAGGGACCAUUGCAUUCCACUCGAGACGACUUUUGGAGGAUGGUUUGGGAGUCAAAUUCACGCGCUAUUAUUAUGCUAACAAGAUGUGUAGAAAAGGGACGAGAAAAAUGCGAUCACUACUGGCCAUAUGACACAAUGCCAGUCUACUACGGAGACAUAUCGGUUCAAAUUUUAAAUGAAACACGAUAUCCAGACUGGAAUAUAUCAGAAUUUAUGGUCUGCAGAGGAGAACAACAAAGGGUGGUAAGACACUUCCAUUUCAGCACCUGGCCAGAUUUUGGAGUCCCUAAUCCUCCUCACACCUUAGUGAGAUUUGUAAGAGCUUUUAGAGAACGCGUACCUCCUGAUAAUAAUAGGCCGAUAGUGGUACAUUGUAGUGCCGGAGUAGGCCGUUCAGGAACAUUCAUAUGUCUAGACCGCAUUUUACAACAAUUCCAAACAUCCGACUGCGUGGACGUUUUUGGAAUCGUGUACCUAAUGCGACGCGAAAGAGUAUGGAUGGUACAAACUGAACAGCAGUACAUUUGCAUUCAUCAGUGUUUAUUAGCGGUUUUGGAAGGGCAAGAAAUGACUACAUCGCCGAGGGAGAUACAUGAAAAUCAGGGAUUUGAAGACAUGGUGUGGCACUUGUUUAAUCGGUGUAAAAAGCUGAUUAUGUGUGGUUCUGGCAAAGGUACUGCCGGCAUACGGCCCGUCCCCGACCUUCCGAUCCAGAAAGAGAAAGAAAAGGAGAGGUAGCUUGGUGGUAUAUGACAAGGGGACGCUACUAGCUUGGUUGGACGACGAGGGAAUAGCAGAAUCAGGAAUGUGAUCAACUAUAGUUUCAAAUUGCGAAAGUAGGUAGUUAACUCGAGUUAACUACCUACUAGCUACUAUCGAGCACAAUUUAUGAAGAAUAAAAUAUUAUACUCACUCACAGGUUAUGAGAUUGCCAUUAUGUCGUGUAUGUCGUAGAAAUUAUUAUGAUUGUAAUCUCACUUUAAGAAACAAGUAUACAUAUGUAUUUAGUUAUAUGUUUACUCUAUGCACGAUAUUUAUGUUCUAUCAGAGCACUAUUAAUAUGUAUUUGUUUAUAUUUUAAAAUAUUUGAUUUGUAUAUUUACAUAGUCGGAUUAUGUUACUCGUUUGAAUGUAAACUUUAUUCUGUUAUACCUAGAAAAUAUUAGCUAAGAUAUCUGCUGAAAUGUGGAAAAUUUUUGCAUUUAAUGUCAGAAAGAAUUUAUAAAGAACUUUCAAGAAAACUCGAAUAACCGGCAGCUACAAGCUUUAUAAGAAAAACUGACAAUUUUAUUUGUACAAACUCGUAAAUGCACAUGGCUCCAUAGAUUUACUAAUAUUUUAUUUGACACUACAUGAUUGGCAUAGCGUUUAGGAGUGUUUUUAUAGGAUACAGGUAUUAAGAACUUUUUUCAUUAAACCCUGAACAUGCAAUGUGAUUAUAUUAAAUGUAUACAAAUGCAGUGCCAAUUUUACCGUAUAAUCUCUUGUAUUUUAGUACUCUUUUACAAUCCAAUUUUAUAUGCUUAACUAUUUAUAGCCGUCUUAAGCUACACCAUUUUUUAUAUGUAUUUAUCGUAAGUAGUAUUAAUGUUUAUAUACUUUAAGUGUUAUAUUUAACCAUGAAUUUCAACCCUUUGUUACAUAGUUUUCAUCGGUUAACAAAUUUAAAAGAUUGCCUCUAAACUAAAGCAAAAUUGUUAUCUCUAGGUAUGAAGCGGCUUCUAUGAACAUAUUUUGUUACAUGCAGGGUGGCUUAAGAGUUGAUUUUGAUUCCUACUCUUUUUAAGUGGAACACCGUGUAUAUUGUUUAAUAUUAAUAUUUGUCUUAGGAAAAUAGUCCCAUUUUUUUAUGGGUUUUUAUAGAUAAAUAUAUAUUAAUCGAUUUAAACAUUGAUUUCAAGGAAAAUGUAAACAGUUUAUUCACUUGAGUAUAAAAUAUAGGGUAGGUCGCUCAAGAGCACGCUCUUAAUUUGCUUUUAUAAGAAAAAUGAAAAUGCUUCAAACGUAAACUUUAUUCAAAAUGUUUUACUGUAUACACUAAUGUAACCCUUUAGUAUGAAAGGAACAAUCAGUUAAAAGAUUUACCGAAAAUAUAAAGGUUUUAUUAAAAAUUAUAAAAUGCGUACUUUUAGAUCCUUUGUUUCCUAAGAGUACGCGAGACAAACUAAGUGUAAUUAAUAUAAUAUAUCAAUAAAUAUCCCAUAUCCCAGAUAGUUAGAGCAGUCUUCAUGCCACCACUUUUCACACAAAUAACACUUCAUCCAAUUGAAUGGAAUAGUGCUCAAAACAUCCCGCACAAAUCGCCUCGUCGUUUUAUCGAAUUUUGUUUCCUUUUCUACUAAUACUAUUGUUUUGAUCAGAAUCAGUCAGAACUUUUCUUUUCCCACCCUUUUUCAUUUGCUUUUCUUCGGUUUCUCGUAAUAAAUUAUUAUUGUAAGGUGUUGACGUCAAAAGUUCAGACCUUCUCGUUAUUUGUUCAUGAGUUACUUUUGGAAGAGGCAAAAUCGUUUUAGGUGUAACAUAACCACUUGGAUCUGGUUCCCACGUUGCAACUCAGGUUUAGAAUUCGGGUAAGAUACCGUAUUUUUUUUUAUUCGGUAUCUUAAAAAUCUCUUUUAUUGAAGAAAAUAUAUCUAACGUAUAGAGACUGUUUUAAUACUAUUGAUUAAUUUAAUACUUUCUACAAAUAUGAAACUGGAAGAAACUUAAAUUUUUGGCCGAAAACAAAUUAAAAUGUAAAUCAGUAAUUUUGGCCAUUUUUGCUGACUAUCGGGGUGAGUUGUUUUGAAAGCAGUGAGUGAUGCUCCACAAAGGAAAAAAUUGUAUCCAAUACACAUUUGAUGAGGAAUUUGAAAAAACUUAAAAAUAACACAAACCUUUAUUUCCGAUUCAUAAAAACCAGCAUUAUUACACCUUCUUAGAAAAAAAAAACUAUCCACAAAUAUCGCAAAAAUUAUUAUAUUUGGUGUAAUUUUCACGAUAACCAUUUUUGCAGCAUAAAUAUUGCAUCCAAUCCUCCCUUUUCUUAGGUACAGAGCAUUCUCCUCCACAUCCGGCACAGCGUUCGUCUUCGUCAUAAUCUUAAUAUUCUAAUUCGUCACAACUUAUUUCCGAGUUUUGUCUUUUUUUUUGAAGUAAGAAAAGUAGCGACAUUUUGAGUCUUGAACAGGAGAUAACUCCUGAAGUAGUUUAUCUGUUUGAGAAGAAGGUUCUUGAACUUAUUAGCUAACAUUCUUGCAACAAACGGCAACUCCGGCUGAGUACAAUUUCUUGCUUGGUCGGGAUUCAUUUUAAUUUUGAUCGGUCAUAACGUCAGUCUGGCGGUUUUCUGUCAUUUUAAAUGAAGAUAUUGCAUUUGAGGUUGUUGCUGCUUUUGCCUCUGAUAUUAAUUUAACAAAUUGUAGGCUGCUAAUUUUUCUUGAAGGAUAAAUAUUUAAAAUCAAACAACUAUUUAUUGCACACGAUGUUCCACGCUUAUUUUAGAGAUUUAAAAAGAAUUCGGUCUAAAGGCCAUAGGAAAUGAUUUGUAUGACUGGGUAAGCUUAGGAUUUUAACCUCAUUUUCAUCAGCAUACUUAAGGGUUUUUCCAGAACUGUGAUGAGAGGCAUGGCCAUCGAUUAAAAGAAGAGCUUUCCCUGAAGGUUUUCUAGGUAAAAACUGCUCGGUUAUCCAGACGCGAAAAACGGAAGAGUUUAAAUAGGCUGAUUUAGCUGACAUGUAAACAUAUAAUCCUGGUAGCAUACCAUCUUCAUAUUCAGCUUUUCGAUCCUUUCCUUGCAAAAACUGGUGAUAAAAGAAUUCCUUCUGGAUUAUAACAUGCAAUCAGUGUAAUAGUGUCACCUUAUUCAGCUGAGAUUAUAGAAAGAAGUAGUUGGAUCCUUCAGUAGCUAUUACUGCACACGUGAUCUUGACAUUCUCAAUGCCCGAGCAACAAAAACCAACACAUAUUUCUGUGCUGAUAAAGAACUUUUUCGCUUCAGAAACGAAUUGAGCCAGUGAUAACCAUUCUCGCUGUCUACGUUGGAUAUCAGCUUAUACGAUUCUGUGAGAGGGUAAUUUUACUUUUUUGUAUUAGUUACUUUGCAUUAGUACUUCCUAAAAACUUUUUUUUUUAAUGUACGCUCAUUUACAUCAAAUAAUUUAGCGACCCACAAUCUUUUACUUUCCUCUUUUGAAAUACGAUCUCUUGCCUCAAUGAGCAUUUCUUUUUUGUUACUCUUGGGUUUGUAUUAACUCAUAAUGAACGAGUGUAAACAUCACUGUUUACCAUAAAAUGAAUUAGCAAUAAAUAGAUUUCACUUACCUUAGAUGUCAAAAAUAUUACAAAUAAAUACGAAAAACCAUUUUUUCUCGUAAAUUUAACAUACUUGUAACAUUUGUUAAUGAGCGUGUUUUUUGUUUUCGGUCAAAUGACCGAAAAAACACGCUGCUGAUGUGGUGAAUAACUAUGAAAAAGUGGCGUCCGCGUACUCUUAGGCGCUCCUACCCUAAACAUUAAAAUAAAUCUUUAAACAAAACAGUUAAAAGUAAAACUCAACAGGCAAUAUGACAUUUUUUCGAGUUUUAUGGAAAUUGACAUUUAUAAAAAUAUUGAAAAAUAUACACAGUGUCCAUUUAAAAAACAUGUCUGGCCCUGCAUAUUUUAAUAUUUAAGACCCGUCCAGAAUAUCUUUUAUUGUUAAAAAUAAAGAAAAUUGCUAAUUCAUAUACCUUUUAAAUAAGUCUUGAUGGAUAUAAGAGUGUGCAAUAUUGUUAAUAAAAUGAGUAUAUAAAUGAAGCUUUAAUUAAGGAAAAGGCCUUUAUAUUAAGCAGAAAACUAGAGCAAUUUAAUAAUUUUUGGUAUUUAUUUUUGCUUAGUAGAGCAAAAAAAGUUACCGUAAAACGAGUAAUAGACGCUUAAAUACUUUUUUACAUGUAUUAGUGCAGAAACUCCUAUCAUAUCCUAAACUUUUCUGUCUUGAAAACUUACGUUAUAACCAAAAAACCAUAAAAGUUUAUAAGUAUUCGUUUUAAUGUUUAUUAUCGUAAAAAAGGAAUGAUUUACGCCAUUAAUAAAAACAUUUUGAUAAUAAAAAAUAAACAGUAGUACUUUGUAAAGAUAUUCGGUGCUGGAAACCGGUUUUAUCGCCGUUUUAAAAUGUAAUCUUGAUUUCAUCAUGAUUUUCAUAUUUUUUGGCAUUAUCAGGAUCCUCGGUUAAUUAAGCAAGAUAAAUUGUUGUUCUUAAGAAAAUGUUUCAUUAAUUGGGUUGGUAAAUAUCCCCAAUGAAGCCCGGUGGCCAAAAAUUUCAACUUUUAGAUAUCCAAUAUUCCAAUAUCUGAUUUAUGGGUAGGACUUAAUUUUAAAUAAUACUUUAUGUUUGUUGACUACUUUAGGAAUUACUUUAUCAAAUUACUAGCUAAAUUUCAAUCUAUAUAUUCGUUUGUAGGAAUGUGGUUGCAUAUAUACCAAUGUAGCAAAUUUGUUUAAAUCUAUUUUUAUCCUGUAUAACUGUUUUUAGCUCUGAGGUUAUAUAAUUUUUAAACAAAUUUUAAUGACUAAGCUGCGCCAUUACUUGGGAUUAUAAUAAUAAACCUUGUUUUUUUGUUGAUCUUUGUUCUUCUCGAAAAUUUACUUUUAUUUUAUAUCAUAAGUAAAUUUCUCUGUGAUAAAUUAAGUAGGUCUGGUUUGUUUUAAUAUUAAGUUUAUACUAUUUAACAUUUUAUGAUAAUUAAAUGUACCACCUUUUGUAAAAAUAUUAAGGAAUCUUUCAAACAUAACUCUUUUUUUAAAUUUUAAUUUGCAAAUAUGACUAACAAUACCUUAGCCGUAAUCAUUAUUAUACUCAUCAUGUGUACUUAAUUAUUUUUAUAUAUUUAUCACCGAUAAUAAAACAUAUUUUAAUAUGCCAA